AUAAUACUUAACCAGUGACUUAAUUCCCGUCUUGUAAUGUUGUCAAUAGUUUUCCUCGAGAAGUCCUUAGGCGAUGUAUUUGUUAAAUGCAGCUUUCAAGAAAAGUAUUGACCGAGUAUGCUAGUGACUGUACUCUUCAUUUUUGAGUUGAUUUGUUAUGCAUCUGCUGAGUUACACCCUUUGAAAGGGCCGAUCGGUGGACCGCGGGGACAGAGCUGGGAAGCGAAGGAUGACCUUCUCAGACAGUGGAAAAUAAUACCGGACAUCAUCGAUGACUUGCCCACGUACAAAAUCAAGCUGAGGUUCAGUGACGGUUGGUACCCCACGUUUUUCGUUCACUUGAUGCCUAAUGAUACGACUAUCCAGACAGCACCCGUGAGCACGAGAUGGCCCAUAGAGAGCAACACGACCCUGUACACGCUGGUUAUGAUAGACCCUGAUAUGCCAACACCAAAAAAUCAUGAGUGGAGAGAAUAUCGGAACUGGUUGGUUGGAAACAUUCCUGGCAACUCCACGUUUGACGGACAGAUCAUAUCAAAAUAUCAACCUCCUCAAGUACCUCAUCCAGGUGGUGCGCAUAGAAUUUUUUUCUUGGUAUACAAGCAAAAACAAAAAAUAGAAUUUGAAGAGAAAUUAACGGACGCGAGAUACGAUGGCAAGGAACGACGGAAUUUUUGUGUUAGAAAUUUUUCCCGCAAGUACGACCUGGGUGAACCAGUGGCCCUUACGAUGAUGUACGUGACCUGGAGGAUGCCUAUAUAGGCAAUGACGACGAUUCACCUCAUUUGUAAUUUGGGCUAAGCACGUUAAUUUUGUAGAUUGGGGAAUAGGGAAGGAAGGAGUAAGUAACCGACGAUGGCUAAAACAGUUAAUGACUUAUGCAGGAGUUAGGGUCAGGAAGGGUUAAAGUGUAUAACAACGUUUCACAAUUUCAUUAGGGGCGUAUCUUCACUAUUCCAUAUGAGUCCUUUUUCCCGUAUAACUCCAUGCUUUCCAGAACUCACGUGAAAUAGAAUUACGCCCUAAUGUGAGAGAAACGACAUUAUAAGUUCUGAUUAUCCCCAAAAUCUAGAUAUUAUCAAAAAUGUUUCAUUCUGUUCCUGAUUUGUUGUAAUUUACAGGCGCGAAGUCGUAGUUUUUAUCGAUAAUGAAAAAUAGCAAAAAAUAAUUUUUCUCUGCAUAUUUUACACAAUUCAAGAUGACUCAUGUGUCACAGAACUGAUUCUUUUCCAAAUGCAGGCUGGUAACUAUUUUUAUCAAAUGAAGGCUCAAUUAUCUGCCAAAAUUUGGGAGGUAAGAGGGGAGAGGGGCCUUAUGAGGGAACUCUUUGUGAAAAACAAAGUAGUCAAAAAUGGAAAUAAAAACGAUAAUUUAAGAAUGA